AUGGCAUCUCAACAGCCCCCUUACGUGGCAAUUGCUCAACGCAAACAAAUUGAAUUGGCGGCUGCUAUCCCCUCUGAAUGGCAACUCCCUACCAACCUCAUUCCCGAGGGCAUGCUCUCGCCCGCGGAGUCUAUUACCGAAGGCCCAAAGCUAUAUGGCCGAGUGAACGUGAUGGAGAUACCUCGCACUUGCGGUAUACUCACGUCGAAAGAACUGGGUAUUACAGAGAACUACGAUGUCCGAGGACUAGUUUCUGCGAUGACAGAAGGUAAAUUGAAGUCGGAGGAAGUUACUCGGGCGUUCUGCAAGAGGGCAGCCAUAGCCCAUCAAGUUACACGCUGUCUCACCGAACCGCUCUUCGACCGCGCCUUACGUCGCGCACAAGAACUGGAUUAUAUACUGCGACAAACGGGCAAACCCGUCGGACCCCUGCAUGGCCUGCCGGUUUCCGUGAAGGAUACAUUCAACGUGAAGGGAGUUGACUCAAGCAUUGGGUUAUCUGCCUUGGCAUUCAAGCCUGCCUCGGAGAAUGCAGCGCUUGUGGAACUGCUCCAAUCUCUCGGUGCCAUCGUCAUUGCCAAGACAAACAUCCCCCAGACACUGGGGACUCUCGAACAUACUGGAGGCGAGGGCGCAUUGCUCGCUAUGCGAGGAUCCAUGGUCGGCUUCGGCACAGAUAUCGGUGGUAGCAUUCGCGUACCAGCAAUGUGUCAAGGAAUUUACGGCUUCAAGCCGAGUAACGGGCGUGUUCCAUAUGGUGGCCAGGAAAGCGGUCAACUAGAGGGCAAAGGUCGGAUUGCUCUGCAGCCUGUGGCUGGCCCGUUGGCCCGCUCGGUCGCGGAUCUUGGAGCUGUGAUGGCGGAGAUUGUCCCCCGAGCUGAAUUGUUUGGCGAGGAUUGCAUCCCCGGCUCCUGGCAACCUUUUUAUGUACCUCAAUCCCUGGCUCCUCCACGCAACUUCACUAUUGGUAUCCUGAAAACGGAUGGCCUUGUCACACCACUGCCGCCGAUUGCUCGCAUCCUAGAUGAGGUAGCAAGUCAACUGCGCCGGACGCCGGGUGUUAAAGUUGUCGAUGUUCCUUUACCAGCUGCCUUGCCGAAAUGCCAGGGUCUGGCUGGCCGCCUUAUGGGCGUCGAUGACGGGUCGAGCAUGUUAGAUAAGAUUGAGAGCAUGGGCGAGUCUCUUAUACCUUGGUUACAGGGCCGCAUGAAGCGCGGAAAGGCUCUUACCAUCGACCAGCUAGCUCGGUUACAGGCCCAGCGUGCUGAAGUUGAGUUGGAAAUGUUGAAGAUGUGGACUCUUUCUUCAUCCAAUAAGAGCCGGCGCAUCGAUGCUAUUAUCUGUCCUAUUGCACCGCAUCCAGUUCCACAAAUGGAUCGCUAUAAUGCUGUGGGAUACACCUCCACGUUUGUUUUGCUGGACUACCCUGCUGGUACUGUUCCUGUGCGAUCAUUCGUUGAGUCGGAUUUGGAACUUGGACGGGAGAUGGACACACCCGUCCUUGGGAGCUGGGAUAAGGCCAACCGACAACUAUGGAACGAGAAGACUGUCGAUCGCCGCGUGUACCUAGAUUCGCCGCUCAGUGUUCAGGUUGUCACUCCCAAGCAGCAUGACUAUCAACUCUUCCAAGCAAUGGAGAUCGUCGAUCGGGCGGUCCAGGGAAAGACCGGCUUGCCCAGCGCAAAAUUGUAA